GUUGUGAGACACAAACUGUCUGUGCUCCUCCCAGCUCUCUCACUCGAGUUUAGACACUUGACGGUGGAGGACUCAGCUUCCACGUCUCAUCAUUCCGGAACCUUUUGCAGUCAUAGAUUCAUAUUCAAAUGAAAUGUACAAGAACGGGUGCUGUUCGUGCCCAGGUUUGGGGGCGUUUUGUGAGAGACUUUUCACGUCGUCUAAGACUGAAGUUGAAAAACCUGCAAACACCACCAAACUUCAGACACAAAUUCCGCCAAGUUCAUCCGUGUCUGAGCCCGAAGGUGAGAUAUACACUGCGCUGUGGCCCUUCCAGGCUCGCGCGGACGAGGAGCUGUCCUUCCAGGAGGGAGAGCAGUUCCGAAUCUGCAAGCGCGAGGGUGACUGGUGGACAGCCGUUAAACUGGACAGAAACGGAUCGGUGACAGCAACGGGCGUCGUUCCUCAAAAUUUCCUGGCGAGAAGGCAAACUGUGAAAGAGCAACCUUGGUAUUUUGGGACACUGAACCGUUUUGAGACCCAGAAUUUGCUUAUGGCUCCAGAGAAUGGAGUAGGUGCUUUCCUGCUGCGCCACAGUGAAAAGGAUCACAUAGGGUGUGUAUUAUCAGUGGUAAACAGUGACAGGGAAGUGAAACACAUUAAGGUCCAUCAGAAUCAGAAUGGAAGUUUCUAUUUGGAGCAAAGUCAAAUGUUUCAGAGCCUGGAGAAUCUGGUGGAGCACUACAGGAGGAAUUCCCUGAGGUCUGGUACCCGUCUCACACGUCCCUGCACACGGCCAGUACCAAAACCACAGGAUCUUUCCCAUCAAACAGUAGAUGAUUGGGAGUUACCCAAGGAAGAGUUUACUCUGGAAGAGGAGCUCGGUAAAGGAUACUUUGCUGAUGUUUACCGUGGAAAAUGGAAAGGAAUGGUCAAUGUUGCCAUCAAAAUCCUCAAAAGCAAUGAGUCUCUCAGCCACAGGGAGUUCCUGAUGGAGACUCAAAUAUUAAAAAAGCUCAGGCACAGACAUCUCAUCACACUCUUUGCCGUCUGCACAAGCUCCACCCCUUUCUACAUCAUAACUGAGCUUAUGGAAAAAGGCAACCUGCUCAAUUUCCUCCGAGGUGAGGAGGGGCAGGAACUGGAAGCUCCCGCACUAACAGAAAUGGCGAGCCAGGUGGCUGAUGGGAUGACAUACCUUGAGGAGCAGAACAGUAUCCACAGAGACCUGGCAGCCCGAAAUGUUCUAGUGGGACCCAACUGCAUCUGUAAAGUAGCCGACUUUGGCCUAGCUCGAAUCAUCAAGGAGCCAAUUUACUCAUCUGUAGAUCAAAAGAUACCAUAUAAGUGGUGUGCUCCUGAAGCCAUCAGCCAUGGAAGGUUCUCCAACAAAUCUGAUGUUUGGUCAUUUGGAGUCCUCCUAUAUGAAAUGUUCACGUAUGGUGGAAUCCCAUAUCCAGCUUUCUCAAAUCAAGAGGUAUACAAUCUAAUCUCCUCGGGAUACAGAAUGCCUGUGCCCAAUAAGUGCCCAUCGCACAUCUAUAACAUAAUGCUGAUGUGUUGGAGAGACUCAGCUGAUGAAAGACCAGAUUUCAGUGAACUUACAAAGUUCCUGGAGAACUUGCUUGAGAGCAACACUGAGAGCAGCUAUGGCACAUCAGAUCCAGCAGGAGGCAUCAGUUAACAGUACCAUGCAAAGGCAAAGGAGUGGGACUAUGCCAGCAUCCAUUUUCAUUCAUCACUCCUGAUUUCUAAACACCUUUCACCCAUUGAUUUGCCUCUUUUUACAGUAUUCAUGCACUUUUAAUUUUUGUGUGCUUAUUUUCUAAUUUCAUGUGGAAUUAUUCACAUUUAAUUUAAUCAAGCCUUUCCUCAAAUCUACAUAGACAAUACCAGUUCAUACUGAAGAUUAUUUUUCUACUACCUUGAUGCUUAUUUCCCAUCCAGAUGGGGAAUUUCAGAAUGGAUCAGAUGGACUUGUGACAAGCAGUAUUGGGGGUAACACAUUACAAGUGUCUUGAGUUACGUAAUCAGAUUACUUUUCCAAGUAACUAGUAAAGUAACACAUUACUUUUAAAAUUCUCAACAAAAUAUCUUU